CGGCGGCAGGAGCGGAGCGGGACCGGGGAUCGCGAUAGCGCCGCGAUACCUCCGCGAUAUACCCGCUAUAGCCGCUCUCGGGAUUAUUGCUCUUGGAGUUUGCCUUCUUCUUCUGCGGAUUACGAUUGCACCAUGACCCUGGAGGAGCUGGUGCCUUGCGAUAGCAGCAAGAUGCAGGCGGUGAGCGAGGCGGUGGAGCGGGUGCUGGUGGCGGCGCAGCGGCAGGACCGCCUCACCGUGGGGGUCUACGAGUCGGCCAAGCUGAUGAAUGUGGACCCGGACAGCGUGGUGCUGUGUGUGCUGGCCACCGACGAGGAGGACGAAGGCGACAUCGCCCUGCAGAUCCACUUCACGCUCAUCCAGGCGUUCUGCUGCGACAACGACAUCCACAUCCUGCGCGUGUCGGGCAUGCAGCGCCUCGCUGCCAUCCUGGGCGAGCCCGAGGCGGACUCCGAGCCCCGCGACCUGCACUGCCUGCUCGUCACGAACCCGCACACGGACGCCUGGAAGAGCCAGGGGCUGGCGGAGGUGGCGAGUUACUGCGCCGAGAGUCGCGACAGGAACCAGUGGGUGCCGUUCGUGUGUCUGCAGGAGCGCUGAGCCCUUCCCGGCCCCUUCCCGGCCUGGACUUGAAGGAUAAAAACCCUUAAUAAAAAACCUAAACAGCAGGAAAAAAACAAAAAAAGAAGGAGAAACAGCCAGUUCCAACCCACAACGCCCCAAAACCCACCGAUUUUAUUUUUCUUUUGAACCGGAGAGGAGGAAGGGAGAGCGCGGCGGCUGCGGUGGGAAUGGAGGGAGCCGGGCCGAGCCCGGCGGGGGACACUGGACACUGGCCGGAGCCGGGUGGACACUGGCCGGAGCCGGGUGGACACUGGACACUGGCCGGAGCCGGAUGGACACUGGACACUGGCCGGAGCCGGGUGGACACUGGCCGGAGCCGGGUGGACACUGGCCGGAGCCGGAUGGACACUGGACACUGGCCGGAGCCGGGUGGACACUGGACACUGGCCGGAGCCGCCGGCCGAGGAGUCGUGCUGGAGCUGGGCAGCCCCGGGCGGGCGCUGCGGAGCGCGGGGGUGACCCCGGAGCUGGAAACUGUCGCGAUUUUUGGCAGCUGGGACCCGAAGGAGGCGAGGACUGCAGAAAGCUGGAUUUUUGAUUUUUAAUUUUUAAUUUUUUUUUUUUUUUUUUUUUGUGCAAAAACUGCUUUUUCCUAAGGAAUUAUGGACAUCUGCACGGAUGGACCUGCACCCUCCGGGUGCUGCUUUUGCACUUGGAGACCCUGAGCUGAACCUUUUCCAGAGUUUAUUCUUCUACCGAGCAGGAAUUAAAUUUAUUUGCAAUAAAAUGUCUGACGUUUA